AGAAAAUUAAAAAUGUACGAAGAAAAACUUGAAGCAAAACGUAAACGGCGCACUGAUCAGUCGCAAAACAUAGCUCCAAAUGAGCAGGAUGUGCAAAACGAAGAGCAUACCGAGCACAAUGAAGCUAUACAAUUUGAUGGCUACCAAUCUAAUGAAACUGAGGACUUGCGAGAUAUCUGCAACAUCGAAGAGCAGCAAACGCGCGAUGUGGAAUACGACGAUUACACGUACAAGCAUGUCGUAUACGGAGACGCUAGUGAAAUCACUGAAACCACAGCGUGCACCAGCCCGUGUUCCUUUACAACUGGUGAGAGACAGGAGAACUUGGUAGAAGAUGAGUUCGACCCUAGCUUAUUACAAGAACUAGGAAAUGUAGAAGCGGAUCCUCUGGAGUUUGGUGAUGAUUUGCAGGCCGAAGUAGCUGCGAGGUUCCAGAAAAUUUUGCUGGACGGCCUUAAAAAAGAAAAGAAAGAGGAGCUUUUGAAAAAAUACCCAUUUCCCAAAAACGUUCCUCUGGCAAAAAGCCCGUCUCUAAACCCGGAAAUUGGAGCCAUGCUGGCCGAGGCAUGCAAGUUGAGAGAUAAACGGCUGCUUGCAAAGCAGGACCAACUUGGCAAAGCGCUUUCAGCGCUAGGCAAGGCUCUGACUGGCCUCUUGAAACGAACUCCGGAUAUCCCAGAUAUUAUUCGGACACUCAAUGACGCGGGUACUAUUUUAGCUGAUUCUCAUUACGCUGAAACUGAUACCCGCCGCUCAGUCAUUAUGCCGCUAAUAGAUAAAUCCUUAGCGGAACCUUUUAAAGACAGAAAAAGGGAUACUUUUCUGUUUGGAGAGAAAUUGGGUGAGUUGGUGAAGGACUCUUGUGGCAUAAAAAAGACAGGCCAGUUAAUCCAACCACCAUCAACCACUCCUAAUUUAAAUGCCAGAGGUCCAUCGACGUCCCGGGGAACGCGAUAUCAGCGAGGGGGCCACACGUAUCAACACAGACCCGGCGAGCACCCCGCCGCCGCCUCCGCCGAGUCGCCGUCAGCCUCCACCUCCACCUCCAACACGACGACCACCUCCUCCUGCGCAGCGAUCCUCAACCAACCGGCGGACCUAACUGCGCAAUAUCAGAUCAACACACCCGUUACACCGUCACCUUUCCCUGGUAGCGUGUGUGUUAUCCGGGAAGGAUUCCGUAGGCAAUGCGUACCUGAGACGGCAUUAGAGGUCAUGCUAUCGUCAAUUUCAGAGAAGACGAGAAUUCAGUAUACUACAAGCCUGAAGUUAUGGUGGGAGUUUUGUUCCCAAAGGCAUUUAGAUUGUUAUGAUUUCAAAAUAUCAUCCCUUUUAGAAUUUCUUACGAAUUCACGAGGCACGCGGCAACCUCCGCUGCCUCGCGCGCUGGGCUAA